AUGUACAGUUCUCUCUCUCUCUCAGAUUUCCAAAACCCUCGUGUACUGUCUCGUGCUCUCUGCGAAGGCGAGAAUACUCGACGGAGAGGAGGAAGUGGAGAGGAGACUGAUCAAGAGCUGGAUCCGGUGUGGGCCGGAAAUGGUGAGGUCAUUCAGCACGGCGAGUUAUACCGAACAAGAGCCGCCGGAAGUGAGGGGGAGUUUGGAGGAGAGCCGUCGCAUCCGGAUUGCCGGCAAGGUCGUUCGCCGGGGCCUAUACUAGAGUGUGGACGCCUGGCGCCAUUGAUCCGACUUCUUCAGUAUCCUUUUUCUCGCUGCAGUUUUGGCAUUUCAGGUAUGGCAGCGAGAGGCCUGAAGAUUUGGGCGGCAGCUGAGGACUUCGCAAGUAAUAGGGGAUAUGUACUGUCUCUCUACCGACAACUAUUGCGCAGUCUGAAUUCUCCAAGUUUGCCUUUGAAUUUAGCUGCAAGACUGGCAAAGAAGGCUGAGGUUCGUGCCAUUUUCCUGCUGGGAUCCGAGGAGAGAUCCGUCCACAAUAUCAAGGACCUCACUGACACAGCUGAAUAUGCUCUUGGUGUGCUGAGGAAGGGGGAAAUCCCAAAGUACAUUCAGUGAUCCAUCGAACACCGACGCACUUGAUUCGUGCACUUGUACCUCUGC